CCAGGGAGAAACAUGUGAGUGGCAGGAAGAAAAGUAACUUCUCUGGGGCUGUUGCAAGGCUGAUGCUGGUGAAAGAUGCUUAUUUUUCUUGAGCAUUAAAGCAGCAUCUGCCAGUAUUGUCCGCUACUGAGCAGCACGUCUCUGAUACUCAUGAGCUGUGGGGAAUGCUGGUAAAGUCAUGGGGGAUUUCAAAGGCCAUGCUCUCCCUGGAACCUUCUUCUUUAUCUUGGGGAUUUGGUGGACAACAAAGUGCAUUCUGAAAUAUGCCUUCAAAAAGCACAAGCGGACUUCCUACCUUGAUUCCAAAGUAUUAUUCCAUCGAGUAGAAAUUUUGGAGGGAAUCAUAAUAGCUGGAAUGGCUUUAACUGGCAUGCUUGGAGAACAGUUUAUUCCUGGAGGACCGCACCUGACCUUAUAUGACUACAAAGAGGGCCAGUGGGUCCAACUCCUGGGCUGGCAUCAUUUUACCAUGUACUUCUUCUUUGGGCUGCUGGGUGUGACAAACAUCUUAUGUUCCACCAUCAGGUCACUUCCUGCCUCCUUUACCAAGUUAAUGUUAGCAAAUGCCUUAUUUGUGGAGGGUUUUGUCUUCUACAAUCACACUCAUGGUCGAGAGAUGCUGGACAUGUUUGUGCACAAGCUUCUGGUCUUGGUCAUCUUUUUGACAGGCCUGAUUGCCUUCUUGGAGCUGUUCAUACUGACCAAUAUAACUGUGGAACUUCUGCGGAUAAGCUUUUUCCUACUUCAGGGAAGCUGGUUCUGGCAGAUUGGGUUUGUCCUUUAUCCCCCCAGUGGAGGUCCUGCAUGGGAUUCAGUGGAUCAUGACAACGUUAUGUUUCUCACCAUAUGCUUUUGUUGGCAUUAUGCAAUAGCCAUUAUCAUCAUUGGAGCAAUUUAUGCCUUUGUCACCUGAUUCUCUUAAUCUAUGAAAACAGUUACAAGAAUGGAGGUCACUUCUUUCAACUUCUUAAUUCAUCAUGGAGCAUCACAUGUGGUUGAGCACCCUGUGGCCAGCACAAAAGCACUCCUCUGAAGACAUGAAUAGAGGCUGCAGUACAGCCCAGACUUGACGUGGGGCUCGACAUGGGGCAGGAGAUGCCUUCAUGCACUUCCUUCCUAGGAGAGGGCUCCUUUUUGGACCACACAGCUGAGCUUGGUUUCAUCUGGGAUUACUACAGCCCAGAGAUUCUCUUGCUUGUUUUAGAAAUGAUUAAAGUUAUAAAUUUUGAAUAUGAUGCAGACAAUCAUAUUACACAUUUAAGAGCUUUAUGGUAUCUGUUUGCUUAUAUGCUGCUUUAAUCUACACAAUAUUUGCAGGUGGCUCCAAAGCCAAAUGAAAGUGAUUUUCCUUCUAGGGGUGCCUCUUCUGUCUGCACAGAUAAUUUGGAGUUUGCUGUGUUAUAGAUACAUACAGUUUUGGGUUUUAAUUUUAAACAGCAUAAUACGAGAUGACUUUCAUUCUCCUCAGGUUGGUUAAAUCUCGAUUUAAGAGGUUCUGCCCCUCAGAAGUUGGACUCCUGAAAAAUGCUGAACGAGAACAAGAAUCAGAAGAAGAGAUGUGACUUUGGGCAUCCAGUCUUUCUAGUUGAAAUUUCUCUUUUUUUAAAUUUUAUUAUUUUUAAUCACAAUUUUGCCUUUUCACCUUUUGUUUGGAGAACAACUGGUUGAGAAUGAUUCUUGGUGUCAUGGUAUUUGGGGCUUGGAAUGGCUCUCCCCAGGUCAUCUAAAGUGUGAUGCCCACACUGAAAAAUAUUGUUUUAUUUGCCUUAUAGAUAUAUAUGCUCAGGGUUCCUGGCCUUACUACCAUUUGUAACUCAUUAUAGAUGGAAUUUCACUUGUUUAUCUUGUUGCUGCAAUGAGAAAUAAAUGAAUGCAUGGACCUUCGUUCAAACACCUCA